GUAUGCGCUGAAGUGGGCAGGAAUCCAGAUGCCACCCUACUUUGACGACAUCCCCGGUGCGGUCAAGCCGAACGACAAAGGGGAAAUGCUCUCCAUCUGUCUUGUGGACCACAACGAGGACAAGCAGAUGGUCCCUGUGCUGCGAGACGAUCCGAAUCGGAAGAAGCGCAUCGUUGGCCUCAUCGACCACCAUGCCUUGGCGGAGUCCAUGGCUUCAGAGAAGCCUCUCUUCAUGGACGUACGACCGUGGGGUUCGAUGAGCAGCAUCAUCGCCCACUCUUUUAUCCGAGGGAAUCGCAUGAUCCCCAAGCCGAUUGCACGGAUUCUGCUCUCGGCAAUCCUCUCUGACACCCUGAACCUACAGAGCGUGACCACCACGAACGCAGACCGCUUCAUCGUGACGGUACUUUGCAUCCUCGGGGAGUGCGAAGACCCAGAUGAGCUGGCUCGGAAAAUGUUUAGGGCCAAGACGGAGUGGAUUGUGGGGCUGGGCGCCUACGAGAUGACCCGAGGCGAUCAGAAAGACUUCACUGCCAAAGGCUGGAAGGUGGGCAUCGCAGUGCUGGAGGUCACCGACACGGAACCGGUGCUGAAGGUGGCGGAGGAGCAGUGUGGGUCCCAA